GGAAGGUUUGAUUGAUCAUGCUUUCAUAAAGAAUCAAAUGAUUGAUAUCUCUUCAUCUUUUGUUUAUACAGUUUGAAAAAGAAAGAGGAAGCCUCUCCUUCUCCUCAGUGUCAAACCUCUAACCAUCUCCCUAUAUAUAGAGGAUCUCCUUGCCAAAGCCUCACAUUCAAACACUCCUCUUCUGUAUUCAUCUCUCUCACCUACACUUAGAUCUACCCGGUCGACCUCAUACCACGCACAAAGAAAACUUCCGAAUUCCACAAAUCGUGACAUUGCACUCCUGUGAGAGCUAUUACAAGAGUUCGUCAAGAGAGUGUCCACACACACACACACACACACACACACACAUAUAUAGUAUGGCAAUUGAGAUUAAUCCAGUGCCUUCUGUUCAGUUGUCGAAAGUAGCGGAUUCCGAAAAGCACGGGGAGAACUCGCCGUACUUUGCCGGGUGGAAAGCGUACGACGAAGACCCUUAUAAUGAAAUGACAAAUCCCUCUGGGGUCAUCCAAAUGGGCUUGGCUGAAAAUCAAGUGUCAUUUGAUAUGUUGGAGGACUACCUCGAAAAACACCCCGAAGCAUCGAUCUGGGGCAAAGGGGCACCUGGAUUCAAAGAGAAUGCAUUGUUUCAGGAUUAUCACGGACUUCUAAGUUUCCGAAAGGCAAUGGCAAGUUUCAUGGAGCAAAUAAGGGGAGGAAGAGCAAGAUUUGACCCAGAAAGAGUAGUUCUAACAGCCGGGGCAACCGCUGCUAAUGAGCUUCUGACCUUCAUCCUGGCGGACCCUGGAGAUGCUUUGCUUGUUCCCACUCCGUACUAUCCUGGAUUUGACAGGGACUUGAGGUGGAGGACUGGGGUGAGGAUUGUCCCAAUCCAUUGCAACAGCUCGAACAAUUUCCAGAUAACCCCUCAGGCUCUCGAGGCAGCCUACGAGAAUGCCGAAUCCAUGAACUUGAGAGUGAGAGGAGUCCUCAUCACCAAUCCUUCCAACCCUCUCGGGGCCACUGUCCAACGCGCUGUCCUUGAGGAAAUCCUUGGUUUCGUAACCCGGAAGAACAUCCACCUCAUCUCUGAUGAGAUUUACUCCGGUUCUGUCUUCUCGUCAUCGGAGUUUGUUAGCGUGGCAGAAAUCCUUGAAUCAAGGGACUAUAAAGAGUGCGAGCGGGUCCACAUUGUCUACAGCCUCUCCAAGGACCUCGGCCUCCCUGGGUUUCGGGUCGGGACAAUAUAUUCCUACAACGACAAGGUUGUCACCACUGCCCGGAGGAUGUCUAGCUUCACGUUGAUCUCUUCACAGACACAGCACCUCCUGGCAUCCAUGCUAUCCAACAAGGAAUUCACUUCCCGGUACAUCGAGACGAAUCGAGCUAGGCUUAAGAAGAGGUAUGAUAUGAUCAUCCAAGGUCUGAAGAGGGCAGGGAUCAAGUGCCUGCGAGGUAACGCUGGGCUAUUUUGCUGGAUGAAUCUUAGCCCAUUGCUCCAGAAACCGGACCGAGAAGGGGAGUUGGAUCUCUGGAAGACUAUGCUUCACGAGCUAAAGCUCAACAUAUCACCCGGGUCCUCAUGCCACUGCUCAGAACCUGGUUGGUUUCGGGUUUGCUUCGCGAACAUGAGCGAACAAACCCUAGAAGUCGCACUCGCAAGGAUACACAACUACAUGGACCAGCGGAAAAGGUGAACACACUUCACUAUUGAUUUUUGCCCAUGGCCCUGUUCUAUAUUGGGUUACCAUUCAUCCGGCCGUGAUACAUGUGGAAUUGGCCAAGGGCAGGUUAAAUUUCUCUCUCAGAAAUUAUGAGAGGGAGAAAAUAAAACGGCCGACCAAUUUUUUAAUGGUUCAAAACCAUUUUGGAUAUUUUACUUCUUUUGGGCAAUUUAUAGAGUUCUUGGUAUUACCCGUAUAGGUUGGUGUCCUCAUACUGUAAAUCAGAUUGAAUUAAAUUCUUUAUAGUGUAUUUUUUUUCCUUUUGUUUUCUUGCUUUUGACAGAGCAAGUUCCUAGGAAAUCGUUCCAUCUAUGAAAUUGUGUAAUAAAAGUGGUGACUACGAUUAGUUGUCAACAAAAUACUAUUGUAAUUGUCAAUUUAAGUGUAAAGUAUUUGUGAAAUUAUCAACAUGCAGGUCGU